AUUAUCAAGGUUUCUUAAAUUUCAUGUCAUAAACAUAAAAUUCAUAUUACAAAGAAAACCAGAAACCUAGAAAUCAGUUUAAACAACGAUGCGGAAGAUGAAAAAGAUCGACGUAGUUCUUGGAAUACAAUCUUUCGAGUCCGGGUCAGUUUCAUAUAGAAAAGAGAGCUCAGUAGGUUCCAAGCAUAGACCAGAAGUGGCGGUUCUAAACGGUGGUUUGCCGGAGAAGAGGCCGAAGACGGUGGUGAACAGUACCUUGAAUCCGCAGUGCUCGGUGAUACUUAAAGGACUGAUGAAACAUCCAUCUGUGGAUGCGGCUAAUGGUGAAAGAGUUUCAGCUUCUUCAAACAAAGCUCGCCUUCGCCGUGCUUCGAUGUUGAAAAGCCGAUUUGCAGACACCAUCUUCAAUGCACAACAGAAGAAGAUGGAGGCACUGAAUGUUGAUCCAUUAAUGGAAACGAAACAAGAAAAGAGAACAUCCAAAACAAGGCAGGUUGACAAAAAAGGAAAUUCCCUGGAAGCUGCCGGUGAUGAAGUGAAGGUGAAUGUUGAGUUGAAAAAGCGACGGGAAAGGGAUAGGAAAGUUGCUUGGAUCGCAUUAGAAAAGAUCGAAAACACUGCUGGGAUUCAACUUAAUUUAGAGGUUCAAAAGGAAUUCGAGAUUCUGAUGGGAUGUUUUUCGUCCUCGAAUUACCUCGGUGACGUCGAGAGUCCUACGGGUCGAAGAGUUCAUCAAUAAGUUCGGGAUUGCGGAUCCUUCACAUUCAUCUAUGGAAGACAAGUAUGUUCAGAUAUCGAGGAAGGUGAAAUAGUGUGUUAAACUUAUAGACGUAAAAUUUCAACAGAUUUUGAUAUGUUCAUAUUUUUUAUUAUAGGAUUAGGAUAUCUACCCUUUCCACUAUAUUAUUUAUGGUUUCUUUUCAAUUAUUUUAUAAUAUUUUAUUAAUUUUUUCCAUGUCAUUAAUACAUAAAUUUGAUAAUCUUUUUAUCUUAAACCUCGAAUCUUGAAUCUCGAACUCCAAAUUUAGAACCCAAAAUCUCGAUCUGGAAACCUCAAAUCUUAAACCCGAACCUUAAACCCUAAACCCAAUCUUAAACUUGAGUUCGGGUUCAGGUUUCGAGUUCAGAGUUCAAGGUAAAAAAAAAAUUACCAAAAUUAUGUAUCAAUGA